UGGAGACGGUGUGAGAGCGAGGCCGCUGGUGGAGCUCGAAGCUCUUUCCUACUGUUGGGAGGAGGUACUGCGAUCUGGCCCCGCUGGCUGUUCACAACCUUCUCGUAGACGGAUGAUCAUAUCGAAAAGGGCCGUCAGACUCUCAGAAUAUAUUCCAUACCAACAUAUACCGCGUUUACAGUAACCCUGGGAUUUCCAUCUAUUCGACGCAGCUCCAUGGUGACCCGAUACUGUUUUUAAAGAGGAGGGCAUUCACUGGUUCAGCCGGAGAGGACUCUUGCUGCACAAGCAGUGCUGAAAGAUGUGCAAUGGAAUGGUAGCGUGUGAGACGAGAGCCUCGCUCGCUCACAGGGUGGCCACCACAUCCCUGCUGCUCCUUCUCCUUGGCGUGUUCCCCACAGGCCAAGCUUCAGGUUGUCCCAGACCGUCAGUUGUGCCUCAUGGCCGUGGGAACCUGACGGAAACAAACCGUGGCUCCUUCCCUGUUGGCACACUAUUGCAGUACAGCUGCGAUCCAGGAUACACGCUGGAUGGCUACAGCAUCAUCACCUGCACAGUCUCAGGCCAUUGGUCCUCUGACCCCCCUCGCUGCAUAAAAAAUGACGUUUGUCAACCACCGAGUGAGCCGGAGAACGGAGGAUAUAACUGCCACCCCUCGCCGUGCCACAGACUGACCCAGGGUACUGUGAUUGAGUACUUCUGUGAUGAGGGUUAUAUUCUGAAAGGAGGGUACCAAUUCCGAACCUGUGACAAUGGAGAGUGGAAAUCGUCCAUGCAGAUCAGCUGUCACUCUGUGCAAGGGGAGGAGCAGCGCUCUACGCUGCCCAUGCCGGCUCUGUCUAUUGUGGCCUCCACCGCCAGUUCUGUGGCCCUCAUCCUGCUGCUGGUGGUGCUGUUUGUUUUGCUUCAACCCAAACUCAAGUCCUUCCACCACAGCCGCAGCCGGGAACAGGGUGUGUCAGGACAGCCUACCUCCAUCAUGGUGGAGGGCGUUCAGGUCUCGCUGCCCUCCUAUGAAGAGGCCGUAUAUGGCGCAGGCGGCAGUUCCGUGCCACCUCCUGAGUCCCGGGUUCAGAUCGUGUUGUCGGAGGGCCCGCAGGCAGAGGGUUUGAACGAACCUCUCGAACAGGCUCAGACGAGUUACAGUUUCCCCUCCACCUCGACUGCUGCGCCCUUGUGUCACGCAGAGACUGUAUUGGUUCACCAGGUGCCCUCUUCCUCCUCUCCAUCCUCCUCAUCCUCUCGCUCCUGGGCUGCUGAGCAGCCUGGUGCCUCUGCGCCUCUCCACCGCAGGCAGAGCAGCGAGAGCAGCGAUCAGCACAGCUUGCUUUCAGUCACCUCUGCCGAAGACUAUGGUGAUGAUAUUCCAUUGCUAAAGGAAGCCUGAGUCUGUGUGCAGCCCCCCCUCUCUCUGUCAUCGCUGGCCAGCACUGUAACCCCUAAAGCUUCUCACCAAACACUUACCCCACAUCCACCCUUCAGAACACAGCAUUAAAUAAGAUUCGUCAGCUGUCCCUCUGCCAACAAGUCUACAAGCUGCGUGGCCCCCAUGGAGUCUGGCAGCUCUCUUCACAGGAAGAACCUUUGACCGGACUACCCCUCAAAGGGAUGCGCAAAUGCUCGAGUUUAACACUUUUCUUGCAGGUGCGCUUAAUAACCAGUUGCACUCACAGGCUUACCUCGUCAUGGCGAGGAUUCACUAAUUACAAAUGAAUGCAUUCAGAUUACGUUGUGGACUUCUGCUCCGUCAAUGACUGUGACCUCUUGCGAAGGGGAGAGUUCAGCAAGGAUUUGCUAAGCCAGGCCCUUUUCUCUUUGAUGCUGCAUGUUCUGUGCAAUUUCUAUUCUCUGUUUCGUUCUACACGCGUACACACAGGAGCACGGCACAAUCGAAGCAUGACGCAUAGCACCAUCUCGACACUUGUCCCUUGUGCGAGACACAGGGUUGAACUGAUUUACAUUGUACUGUAUUCAAAUACAUGCUUGCCUUUUUAUUUGUCAAGAAGUACCUGUGCUGUGCUCUGUGUGUGUGUGUGUGUGUGUGUAUGUGUGUGUUUCUGAUGCCUGUGUGACUGUGGCUGUUGUGAUUCAAAGAGGGCUGAAGUAUCAUCUAGGCUUCUUUUCCCCAAAAUAGGAAACAUUUUCAAUACCUCCAUUUUCUAAUCGAGAUGUUAUUUAACUAGGAUGGAUGUUCCUUGUCUACAUGUCUGUUUGUCUAAAGUGAGGGAGAUGUAUGUUCAGUACUCUGAGAUCACUGUUCUCAAUCAGAGAAAUAAUUCAACUUUAUUUCUUCCUUUUGAAAGCAAGUAUAUCUCUCUCAUGUUUAUGUGUUGCACGCACAAGUAAAGAAAACUUUUUUUUUUUUCACUUGUAUGUUCUUUUUCCCUGAGGACUUGGUUGGGUGUGGACUAAGUUCAUUGCUGGGCUGUACCUUAUAAGCUUUGACUUGGACUAAUAAUAUUUGUAAUAUAAUUUAAGCAAGUUUAAUUCACUUUUAAUUUGUUAAAUGGAAAUUAAACCGCAUACAUUAUAUUUGAAUGCUUUGCAAAGCCAGCUGUGGCUAACAUUUUAAAGAUGAAUAUCAAAGAUAGAAGCACCUUCUAUUAAGUUUUCUUAAUAAAUAAUUUGAGUAAUGUGAUGUUAGGAUGGUAUUUGUAUAAAGAAUUAAUCAGAUAUCCCAUUAGAUCUUAAAUAGGUUGUGCAUUGAUGUAAUGCACUGUAUAGGUAUAUAUAUAUAUAUAUAUAUAAAUUAAAUGCAUAUUCAUGUUUUUUUUUUUUUUUUUUUUCAAAUACAGCUCUAGAAAAUGGCCUUGUUCUUCACUCAUCAUGUUCUUUUGGCAAAUGAACAUUUGAAAAACCAAUGAAUCUUUUGUUUGUGUUACUUUUUGUUUGCGUUUUACAUCCUUGCCCUUUGGCCUCAUGUGUAUAUCCCCUGGUUCACGCGAGAUUCUGAUGUUUGUCAUCAUGCAUUACAUAUAUAUAUUUUUGUGUGUGUCUGACUGGAGAGAGAGGGCAGUUUGUCUAUCUGCACAUCCUCAGUUUUGUGUUCCUGGCUUGUUUUUGUAAAUUGAUUUACAUUUUUUCAUGCAAACUGAAGGCAAAAUAUUACUGCUGCCUUAAAACUUGUACAUUUCAUACAUUUCUCACUUUGUAAUCACAUGUUUCUUCUGUCUCACUGGCUUUAUGGUAAUUUGUCUUCAGUUUCCUUAUGGCCUUACUUUUUUUUUUUUUUUUUUCUAUGCAUAAACAAUGUCUUGUUGAAUUUCAGACGUAGGGUUUUACUCCUUUGGAGGAUGUGACAUAAGAUUGUCCACCUGAACUUCCUCAGAAUCUUUUUUUUUUUUUUUCCCCAGUGAUUGUGAAAUAUGAACCUAUGAGUUUUUAUUUCUUUUUGUUUAUCAGUUUCAUUCAAAGGAUGUUUUUAAGUUUAAAAAAAAAAAAGAAAGGACGCAAUUUAAAAAAAAAAAAAAAAAGGAUAUCCAGGAUGUGUGUAAAACACUGUUGUACGGUGUUUUUCUGCAAAUGUAAUUUAAGUUGACUCAUCCACCCAGCUCCCCAUCCCCAUUACAACUUUUUUUUUUUUUUUGGUUUUCCUUUGUACAUUGCUGUGGGUGUGAAGAUAGUAUUUUAAUAUUUGUAUAAAGUUUAAUUUAAUUCUACAGUGUGUAUAUAACUAUUUCUAAUUAAAGCUUUCAUUUGAAGUGCACAA